AUGGCUGAGACAGCAAUUAGUCCUCUGUUACAACAACAGCCAUUAUCAAAUGGGAGUUCAUUGAUGCCUAAUUUACAACAACAGCCACAAAAUAACGGCUUUGGUGAUAUAAGUUCAGUUAAUACUACAAAUAAUAAUGUUAACAAUAGUACGCCAGUUAAUUCACAACAAAUCGCAACAGAAUCAAAACAAUCAGAUUCGAUUAAUCAAAUGAACUCAUCCAAUAUUAACGUUAAUAAUUUAGAACCAGAACAAUUUCGUAAAGUAUUUAUUGGUAGUUUAUCAUAUCGUAUGGAAGAUUCAGCGUUCAGAGAAUAUUUUGCCAAAUAUGGUGAUGUAUUAGAUUGUAUAAUUAUGCGUGAUCGUGAUGGUCGUAGUCGCGGAUUUGGCUUUGUUACGUACUCUCAAUCGUCGAUGGUCGAUAAUUUAAUGCGUCAUCGUCCACAUGUGUUAGACAGUCGUGAAAUUGAGCCAAAACGAGCUGUACCACGAGAAGAAAGUUCCAAGCCCGAAAUGCAAACAACAGCAAAAAAAUUGUAUUUAGGAGGCGUACGUGAACCAUUACAAGAACAAGAUUUAAAAGAAUAUUUUUCGAAAUAUGGAAAUAUCGUCGACUGUGUAGUGAUGAAAGACAAAGAUGGCAAACAUCGUGGUUUCGGAUUCGUUGAAUUUGAUGAUUACGACCCUGUUGAUAAAAUUGUUUUGGAAAAACAUCAUGUUAUCUCCGGAAGACCAUUAGAUGUACAAAAAGCGUUACCGAAAGAUCAAUCAGGCAGAAAUAAUCCACGUGGUGGUGGUGGUGGUGGUGGUGGAGGAUAUGGUGGAAAUAGACGUGGCAAUAUGGGUGGAAAUCAAGGCCCAAAUCGUGGAAAUAUGGGCGGUGGUAAUCAAGGAGAUUAUGGAGCAAAUAUGGGUGGUGGAGGUGGCUUUACGAAUUUUGGAGGCUCGAAUAUGGGCGGUAACGAUGCGUUUGGAGCGUUUGGUCCUCAAGGAGGCAAUAAUUUUGGUGGUCCACCACAACAAGGCGGUUUUGGACAGGGAUAUGGACAAGGUCAGGGAGGUGGUCCAAUGAGGGGACGAGGAGGUCCGAGAGGAGGCGGUGGACCGUAUGGAGGCGGAAAUAGAGGCGGUGGUAGAGGGGGUCAAGGUCGAGGUGGUGGUGGUGGACGAGGCGGAGGACGUGGAGGAUUAUAA